AUGAUUAAUAAAGCAUUACAAACAAAAGAUAUUGAUCAACUUUAUCAUUUAAGAUAUUUUCUCAGUGAUUUAAGCGAAUGUUUAUCUCGUGAACAUCGAAAAAUUGUUGAAUCUGGUGUAGAAAAUUUUGUUUUUUCUCAAGAAAUGAAAUUAUCAAAAAAUGAAUUUAAUUAUUUAAAAGAAAAUCAAGGAAAAAUUUUAUCAAUCAAAGGAUUUUUAUUUCUUAAUUCAUUAUCGAAAAAUGUCACUAAAGAUCGAAUUGAUGUUUUAUUACAAAUUGAAUGUAAUCUAAAAGAAAUGGGUAAUAAUCAUAUCUUUACUGAUCUAACUCGAUCGAAUGAAAAAGAAGAAGUUUUAUUCGAUUUAAAUACAACAUUUAGAUUGGAAAGUAUUUAUCAAGAUAAACAAACAUGGGUGAUUAAAAUGAUUGCCACUAAUGAUGGUGAAUUUAUAAAGGAAAAAUAUAUUGAAGAUACACAUCGUCAAAUAGAAAAUGUGAGUAUUUCAAUAAUUUUUGGUAAAUUAAUGUGUGAUAUGAAUGAAUGGAAUCAAUCACAAAAAUAUUUUCAAUUUCUGAUGAAUAGUUUAUCUUCUAAUCAUGAAGAUUUAGCAUGGAUUGAACAUUCAAUGGGUCAAGUUCAUCAUUGGAAAGGAGAAUGGAACAAAGCAAGAAUAUUUUAUGAUCGUGCUUAUGAUCGAAUGAUGAAAACAGAUCCAAUGCGUAUAAAAGAUUCUGCUUUAGUUCUCACCAAUAUUGGUGAAAUUUUACAUUUACAAGGUAAUUAUGAAGAGUCAUACGAAUUUCAUGAAAAAGCAUUGACAAUUCUAAAACAAUAUUAUUCUCCUAAUCAUGCAUACGUUGCUAAUAGUUUAGAAAAUAUUGCACGAAUUCAUCGUAGAAGAAAUAGGAAUGAUGAGGCUUUGAUCGUUCUUGAAGAAGCUUUAAAAAUCCGAGAAGAAUAUUAUAAUGAUUAUCAUGUUGAUAUUGCGAUGAAUUUAAAUCAAAUUGGUAUCACUUUACUUUAUCAAGAUAAUCAUAAUGAAGCACUUGAUUAUUUAAAUCGAGCCAUGCCUAUCUAUGAAAAAUAUUAUCAAUCAGAUCAUAUAUACAUUAUUGAAACUCUUCAAACUAUUGUUUAUCUUCUUCAUAAACAGGAAAAAUUUGAUGAAUCAUUUAAUAUUUAUCAACGUAUGAUGAGAAUGGCAAGAAAGCUGUACCCAUCGGGUCAUUUUAUUGUUGCUGAGAUUCUACAGGGUAUCGCUAAUAUUAGAAACGAACAAGAAAUGUAUGAUGAAUCUUUAGAAUUGUAUCAACAAGCGGUGACAAUGUUAAUGAAUUAUUAUUCACCUGCUCAUUUGAACAUUGUUUGCUUUUUAAUUGAUAUUGGUGAUAUAGAGUUAAAUGAAAAAAUUAAUUAUGAAAAAGCUCUCGAAGUUUAUCAACAAGCUCUGACUAUGUUAGAGACAUAUUAUCCAUCGUAUUCUUCACAUAUUGCUAAUUGUCUCAAUCACAUUGGAAAUGUUAAAGAGGCACAUGAUCAAUAUAAUGAAGCUCUUGAUUACUAUAAUCGAGCACUAAAACUUCAAGAAGAUUAUUUUUCAUCUGAUCAUAUUCAAUUGACUUCAACUAUUAACAAUAUUGCUCAAAUCUUUUAUAUUCAAGACAAUUAUGAUGAUUCACUUGUUUUCUAUAAACGAGCACUAAAAAUACGUCAAAACAAAUAUCCAUCCGAUCAUAUCUCUAUUUCUUAUAGUUUCAUCAAUAUUGCCGAAGUAUUAAAAGAGAAAAAUAAUUUUGAUGAAGCUAUUCAGUUCCAACAACACGCACUUGUAAUUCAAAAGAAACGUUUUCCAUUCGGUCAUUCUAGUAUUAUUGAUACUCUUGAAUCUAUUGGUGAUAUUUACAAAGAUCAAAACAAAACUAGUGAAGCUCUUGAUUAUUAUAAACAAGCGCUGGAAAUGGGAACAAAUUUAUAUUCUUCAAAUAAUAACAAACAUAUUGCGAUUAAUUUCAAAUCAAUUGGUAAUACUUUCUAUGCAUUAAACAAAUAUGACGAAGCAUUUGAAGCUUUUGAGAAAGCUUUAUUAAUUGAAAAAGAACAAAAUAUGUCAGAUAAUAUUAAUAUAGGUAUUACUCUAAAUAGUAUAGGAAAUGUGUUAUAUAGUCAAAAUAAACUUGAUCAAGCUCUAGAAUUCUAUCAACAAUCAUUAACAUUUAGCGAGCAAUUUGAUUCACUUAAUUAUAAAUAUAUUAGCAUCAUAUUAUGGAAUAUUGGAAAUGCUUUAUUGGCACAAGAAAAGUAUAUUGAAGCAUUCAGUUAUCAACAAAAAUCACUGAAUAUGAGGGAAACAUACGAUCCUUUAAAUUAUACACAGAUUGCUUCUAAUUUCAAUAGUAUGGGAACCAUAAAAUAUAACGAUGGAAAGUACGAUGAAGCUCUUAUUCAUUAUCAAAAAGCAUUGACAAUCUACGAGAACUAUUGUUCAUCUCGUCUUCAAGAUAUGAUUGUAUGUCUCAGUAAUAUCAUUAUGACUUUAGAUAAUAGUGGAAAAUCUGAAGAAACACUAAACUAUCGACAACGAAUAUUAGCGAUUCAAGAAAAACAUCCAAAAUCUUAUAAAGACAUUGUUAGUAGUCUUAUAAAUAUUGCUCAUACGAAAUCCAGUCAAGCGAAACUUGAUGAUGCUAUCGAUUAUUAUUCACGUGCAAUAGUAUUACUGAAAGAAUUUGAUCCAACUGAUCAUGUUCAAAUUGCAAUCCUUUUCUUUUGGAUUGCAACUUUAUGGAAUGACCAAAGAUCGUUUGAUCGUACAAUCGAGUGCCUUGAACAAUGUUUAAAAAUCAGAGAAGCUAGUCUUUCUCCAGGAGAAGAAGAUAUUACAUUAAUUCUGUCCUGUCUUAGUGAAACUCAACAAGCUCGCAAUCAAUAUCAACUAUCUUUGACAUAUGAAAUGAAACUAUUUUUAAUUCGCGAAAAAAACUUAUCACCAAAUCAUCAAAAUAUUGCCCAAAGUUUAUCAAAUAUAGGUAAAUGUUAUGAACAUCUUAAUCAACUCAAAAUCGCACUUGAGUAUUAUAAACGAGCAUUAUCUAUUUAUGUACAACAUCCAUUAAAUUCAACUGAACAAGGAAUACUCAAAGAUAAUAUUCAUCGACUUUCAACAGUAUUAAAUGAUUUCGAAAUACAAUAA